AUGGCGGACAGUGAAAAAAAAGCUCCCCCUCCAUCCUACGAAGAAACAGCCCAAAAGGAAUACCCUCACCCACAGGGGUUUGCUACCCAACCGGGAUAUAAUCCAGUUAUGCAGCCGACAUCAACCAAUAUAGUUAUAGCCGAGAACAGACCAAAUGAUUAUUUAUGCCUAUCUAUCUUUACUUGUUUAUGCUGUUUCUGGCCAACUGGAAUAGCCGCCAUCUUCUAUUCGGUGAAGUCACGUGAUGCUGGUAACUGUGGACGAAUCACGGAGGCUGCAGAGAAAGGUCAAACAGCCCGGAAGUUGGCGAUAAUCUCGAUAGUGUUGGGAAUCAUUAUGACUAUUAUUAUUAUAAUACUGCGAACAGUGGUCUUCCCCACUCGAACAAAUCGCUACUAUUAUUAG